UUAUAAUAACCGUAUAGUGUUUAAUACAAUUCUGUCAACAUGAAUCAAUAUUCAGAGAAACUGAAUCGCAGCGACAUCUACACGCAGGUGUUAUCUUCUUUUUAAUUUGAACAACUCCAACAUCCAUGGAAGCCAUAGUUUUCUUUGAGUAAAUAUAGCACUACCUAUAAACCAUAUGACACAGAAUUACAGAUCUCUACCUGUUGUCAUGUUGCCUCUUUUGGAAGCUGGUCAUAAUUUUCCAAGAAAAUCCAUCGUUUGACAAAUGAAUUCCUGCGCCAAUGCCAUCUUCAACUUCUCACAGUAUCCAAAAUCGCACUCUAUUUCGAUCUCUUCAUGUUGUAUACAGUAUUCCAAUGUUUUCAAAUCAGAUUCAGUGGAUAACCAAACAAUUUCACAUGUGUCUUGGAGCACUUGCUGCGUGAUACAACGCGACGUUGGGUACUGAUGACGACUCAGCAAUGGCAAACCGCAUUCCGAUAGUUAUUUAAUUCGCACUCAAAUGACAAUGAUAAUUGCUAAUGAAUGACAAUAAGCUGUUUGUCGAGGCAAACAUCGCUGCCGGUGUUGCCAAACAUCCGCUAGGGGGCAGGCGGCGCACAACCUUACAACAACCUUGAAAAUUUACAGCAAAUUAUUUCAAAUUUGUUUUCAAAAAGAUAGAAUUUCAUUAAUAAUAGUAAGUGAAACAAUAAUAAACAGCAAUUAUAUUAAUACUGUGUAUGUAUACAUUAGAUUUGUACACAUUAGUAAUCAAGUACUGAUUAUGUUUACUCCAGCGUAUAGCAUUUGAAGACAUCGACAUGUUAUUAGUCCGUACAUUUCACUAUGAUAAACCGCAUCAGACCUUACAUUUGUACUGAAGAUACAACUUUUUUAAAAUAUGAAAAUAUCCGAGCUGAACAUUGCACUCUGGCAACAGCAAUGCUACGUUACAUAUUCUGGCCUGACAAUGAAUUAUUUUCGAAAAUAUUAAACAUUUUCUAUUAUUUCAUCCCUGGAAUAAUGACAUGUGGCUUGUUUGGAUAUGUCUACAAAAUAAUCUGUAUUGAUAAACUGAAAUUCACUGAAUAUAUAUCCGAUUUAACUUUUAUUCUGAUAAUCUUCAUAGGCACCUGCAUGGCAAUAUUUGUCAAACGAAGUAAAACAGGCGGAUUAGUUCUUAUAAACAUAAUAACCACUUCACCGUUCAUCAGAGUCAAAGACGAAGUAAUUAAGAGAAACUAUGUUCCUAUAAAUCGAAUAGUUUUUGUUGUAUUCACUGGAAUAUCGUUGUUCUGGGUGAUUGAAAUCAUCACAUCGCCACUUCAGGCUAUUUAUAUGGACUUUUUAUAUUUUCCAUUCUAUUACUUCGUUGAUUUGGGCACUACACUUACAAUUAUAUUCAAUGUCGCUUUUCUAAUGGAGAUUUAUUUCUUAUUCAUGAUAAUCUGGACGAUAAUAGCUGUUUACUAUACGUUAGCUAAAUAUUUUGAAUCGAAUUGCGUUAUGAUUGUCAAAGCUUUGGAGAAUUUAAAACUUGAAAAGGAUUUAUGGAAACGCCAAAAACGUUUUUCUUUUAUUGUGCAGCAUCAUUUACUUGUUUGCUUAUUUUGGAAAGCUGUGGGUGAUUUAAUCAAAUAUCCAAUACUUAUUAUCGUUACAUUUGGAACAGGAACAUUCGCUUUAAUGCUAAUUUCAUUAUAUAUUGAAUUUCAAGUUGUUAUUUUUGCUGUGAUGAUUAUGGCCAUAUGUAUUGUCCUCAUGGGGUGUUUCGUUUUUUAUAGAUUUGAAGACAUAAGUAUAAGAUUGCAUCACGCUACUUUUUAUGCGAUGCCUUGGGAUGGAGAUAUUGCAAUAAUGAAGAAAAUACUCUUUUUGAAUUUAAGAAUGCAAUAUUAUUUCCAUGUACCUAUCGGGGAUGUGACUGUGCUCACGAACGAAUUAAUAUUACAGCUGACACAAACAAUUUAUUCGAUGAUUACAAUGUAUUUAAACACAAAUAAGUCUAAAUAAGUGUUUAGGUGUGGUUUAAUUCAACUUCUUUAAUAUAAUAGUAUAUUGUUUUAUGAUA